AGAGCCAGACAGACAGACAAACGAAAAGAGCUGCCCCUGCCGCGCCAAUCAGCGCCCCGGCAAAGGCUGAGUCCCCCUCUUUAUUCCAUCAAGAGAGAGCUUGUACCAGAAGACAUCCCUGGCGAUGUCUCCUCAGUGAUAAAAAAUAGGCCAAGAUUCUUAACCAUGGCUUUAACAGUACCCAAUGCCAUGGAUACAAUUGAUUCUGCCCAGAAGAAUGCAAUUGUACAUGAUCAAGAGUUUUUACUGCAGGGAUCAGUGUUGGAUGCAUCACUAUUAGUAGUGAUUGAUAGACUACGAGGACUCUGUGAUAAUGCUGACAUCCAACCAGAAACAUUUCAUGAUCAUGAGAUUGUGUUCCUUUUGAAGGAUUUUUCAGCUGCACCCACACCUGGUCCUACAUCACAAGGUGUUAUGCUGAGAGUAAGACGAGCUGUAGAUCACCCAGAGUUGCCGUAUCAGUUACGCUACGUUGGAUUCCCAGAAAUAGGUACAUCAGCUCUCCUAAGAAACUGCCUAGAUGUUGCUGUUAGUUCAAACGUUUGUGAAUUUCUUCAAGAACUAGGUGCAAAGAUUGAUCAUGAAUUUAUCACCAAAGGUUAUGUUAUGAAGAAAGGAAGGAUAAAGGUUACAAUAUUUAAGAUGUACAAGAUGGGGUCAGGUAUCACGAAGGAUAAUCUGGAACCUUUGACUAUGUCACACUUGGUGGAAUUAAGUGUUCUGACAACAAAGACGGACAAGUCUGUUGCAGAUGAUCUAAGGAAUCUGGCAGACCAGCUGAGGCCUCUUGUGCAACUAGAACGGGUUGAUUACAGGCGAUUAUGAUAAGAUAGUCAAGGAAAAGGAUGAAUGUAUUAAUAAAAAUUAUUAUUUUAUAU